GCGUAGAGACAGCCGUUGCAGUAGAAAUUCGUCAUCACAUAUUUAUUAGAAGUGGAAAUUUGUUAUCAAUAGAAGUAGCACAUACAAAAUGAGGGAAAUAGUUCACAUACAAGCAGGACAGUGCGGAAAUCAAAUCGGUUCCAAGGUCUGCUUCAUUUGUUCGAGCUUCGGAAUAAGCCGUGUUAACCAUAUCAUGUUACCGGCUAAAAAGCGGCUAAAAUCAAACGAGUGAAACUGGCUGAAAAAAGGAAGAUUACGACAGUGUUCUGGGAAGUAAUUUCAGACGAGCAUGGCGUAGACGCAACAGGAGAAUAUCAUGGUGACUCUGAUCUACAACUUGAGAGGAUCAGUGUUUAUUUCAGCGAAGCAAGUGGAAACAGAUAUGUUCCUAGAGCAGUUCUUGUUGAUUUGGAACCUGGUACCAUGGAUUCUGUGCGGUCAGGUCCUUUUGGGCAACUCUUUAGACCUGACAACUUCGUAUUUGGUCAGUCUGGCGCCGGAAACAACUGGGCCAAAGGUCACUACACAGAAGGAGCCGAACUGGUAGAUAAUGUUGUAGAUGUGGUUCGAAGAGAGGUAGAAACUUGCGAUUGUCUGCAAGGUUUCCAGUUGACACAUUCUCUGGGUGGAGGAACAGGAUCUGGCAUGGGAACACUGUUGAUUAAUAAAGUUCGGGAAGAAUACCCAGACAGGAUUAUGGUCACAUUCUCCGUAAUGCCAUCGCCAAAGGUUUCAGACACCGUUGUUGAGCCAUACAAUGCAACCUUAUCUGUUCAUCAGCUUGUUGAAAACACAGACGAGACUUUCUGUAUCGACAAUGAGGCUCUCUACGACAUCUGUUUCAGAACAUUGAAGUUGACUACACCCACAUAUGGAGAUUUGAAUCACCUUGUGUCCGCUGCAAUGUCGGGUGUAACUACAUGUCUUAGAUUUCCAGGACAAUUAAAUGCAGAUUUGAGGAAAUUAGCCGUUAAUAUGGUUCCAUUUCCUCGUCUUCAUUUUUUCAUGCCAGGGUUCGUACCUUUAACAUCACGCGGCAGUCAACAGUAUCGUGCACUUUCUGUACCGGAACUGACACAACAGAUGUUUGAUGCUAAGAACAUGAUGACGGCUUGUGACCCUCGCCAUGGAAGAUAUCUGACCGUUGCUUGUAUUUUUAGAGGAAGAAUGUCAAUGAAGGAGGUUGACGAACAAAUGCUUAAUAUCCAAAACAAAAACAGUUCAUACUUUGUAGAAUGGAUUCCAAAUAAUGUAAAAACGGCUGUUUGUGACAUUCCACCAAGAGGCUUGAAAAUGUCGGCUACUUUUAUAGGUAACAGUACAGCAAUUCAAGAAAUAUUCAAGCGAAUCUCUGAGCAGUUUACAGCUAUGUUUCGCCGUAAAGCUUUUCUUCAUUGGUAUACUGGUGAAGGGAUGGACGAGAUGGAAUUUACCGAGGCGGAGUCGAAUAUGAACGAUUUAGUUUCUGAAUACCAACAGUAUCAGGAUGCAACAGCAGACGAACAGGACUUUGAUGAGGGAGAGGAAGAGGAAGAGGGAGAAAUGUAAAAUGUUAAAAAAUGAACUGUGCGCAAAGUAUUGAUUAAAAAAGAUUUAACUUUAUACAUUAAGGCAAAUUUAACAUUGGAAUUUCAUUUAAUGCAGUACAUUUUAAUUAUGCGUAAAGCAGAUUUCAAGAAAACAUUUUGCACAGAAAUCAAUUGACUAAGAUUAUUAAAUAGAUCAAUGUGACGCUGUUUUAAUUAUUAUUUUUGUGCACACAAAACAACAUGGCAAGUUUUAAUUGAAAAGUUUUUGUUUAAUAAGAAAAUUUCUGACUUUCAGGUUUGAUAAUUUUAUAUUUUUUUAUUCUUUAUUUUUAGUCAAUGUUUUUAGGAUUGCUUCUUUGAUUUGGAGUAGUUUUACUUUGUUACUUUUAUGAAUUUUAACUUACCGUUCCUGUAUGACUUUAUUAGUCCAUACAGAGGUGUUAAAGAAAUUAAAAGGAAUAAAUUAACACUUAUGCGCAAUAAUCGUAAUGACUUCAAAUAAUAAUUGAUUUUUUACGGGUUAUCAUUUUUGUAAAUAUGUUUUUCUUUCAUUUGUCUAAUUUUAAAACAUGACUAGUAAGAGACAAAUCGUUAUAUUCACAAUAAAACAAUGACAAUUUUUAUUUUUCAUUAUAUAUUCAUAUUAGUAUUGAAAGUCCCGAGACAAUGACUAGACCAAUGUGCUAAUAAAUUGUCUAUUUCGAGAAACUGUAUUAUGCUUAAUUGCUUGCAGGUUUUUUUAUGCCGUGGUCAUUAAGUUUUACCCUUGUCCGUCUGUACGUCCGAACGUCCCAAAAUUGGUUUCCGUUCUCUGACUUUAGUUUGCCUAGACCAAAUGUUAUGAAACUUAUACACAAUGCUUAAUACCACACAACACAGAUCAAGUUUGAAUUGGGUGGCGUCACUUUUACCUUUCUAGAGUUAUGGCCCUUUACAAAUUGAAAAAAUGCUGAAAUUUUAAUUGCCGUUCUCUUACUUUAGUUUGCCUCAACCAAAUGUUAUGAAACUUAUAUACAAUGCUUGUUACCACAAAAUACAGAUCUAUUUUGAAUUUUGGUAGUGUCAAUUUAAUCGUUCUAGAGUUAUGGCCCUUUACAAAUUGAAAAAUUGCUGAAAUUUUAAUUGCCGUUCUCAUACUUUAGUUUGCCUCAACCAAAUGUUAUGAAACUUAUAUACAAUGUUUGUUACCACAAAAUACAGAUAUAUUUUGAAUUUUGGUAGUGUCAAUUUAAUCGUCCUAGAGUUAUGCCCCUUUACAAAAGAAACAAAUGCUGAAUUUUUCGUUUCCGUUCUCUAACUUUAGUUUGCCUCAAUCAAUUUGUUAUGAAACGUAUACACAAUACUUAUUACUAAAAAACUCAGAUCAAGUACAAAUUUGGGUAGUGUCACUUUUACCGUUCUUCAGUUGUGUCUCUUUAUAACUUUAUAUGAUAUGCAAGCGGGGGCAUCAUUUGUGUCCUAUGGACACAUUCCCCAUUUAGUUUUUAAAUUACGUUUGAACAUUCAUUGUUUGCAUCAAAAUAAAGACAUUCUAAACUGG